GAGCCGGAGCAGAGCCCAGCCAGGCGGGACCAGGCACCGGGGGCUGAUUAGGCCCGCGCAGGUCCGCUCCACCGGGCCGGGCCGAGGUGCGGUGUAUCCGAGGCACCCCCACCCACCAUGAACUCGAGAAAGAGAGGGAGCCCCUCUCGGACUCAUUCGAUGAUGUCGCUGUCUGUUCGGCCCCAACGUCGAAUUCUCAGUGCCAGGAUCAAUAGGAGCCAGUCCUUCGCAGGUGUCCUCAGUGGCCAGGACCGGGGGGGCAGGAGCUUAGCAGCCUUCAGCCCCCCUGUGGUCCCCCGAAAAACACCUGCCAUUGUCCGAGUCUCCAGGAUGUUCUCCAUGGCACACCCACCUCCAAAGGUGCCUCAGCCAGAGCGGCUGGACCAGGUGUAUGAAGCCCUGAAGAGGGGCCUAACGGCCUACCUGGAGGUGCAUCAGUUAGAACAGGAGAAACUCCAAGUUCAAAUCAGAGAAUCCAAGAGAAAUUCUAGGCUGGGCUUUCUCUACGAGUUGGACAAGCAAGUGAAAUCUAUUGAGCGUUUUCUCCGGCGCCUGGAGUUCCACGUCAGCAAGAUUGACGAGCUAUAUGACGGCUACUGCAUCCAGCGGCGGUUGCGGGAUGGCGCCUACAACAUGGUGCGGGCUUAUACUUCAGGGACUCCUGGGAGUCGGGAGGCCAGGGACAGCCUGGCUGAAGCUACUCGCGGGCACCGAGAGUACACCGAGAGCAUGUGUUUGCUGGAGAGUGAACUCGAAGGGCAAUUGGGUGAAUUCCACCUCAAAAUGAAAGGGCUGGCUGGCUUUGCCCGGCUGUGUGUUGGGGACCAGUAUGAGAUCUAUAUGAAAUACGGGCGCCAGCGCUGGAAGCUGCGGGGACGGAUCGAAAGCAGCGGGAAGCAAGUUUGGGACAGCGAGGACAUGGUCUUCCUGCCGCUGCUCACAGAAUUCCUCUCCAUUAAGGUCACGGAACUAAAGAGCCUGGCGAACCACGUGGUGGUGGGCAGUGUCUCCUGUGAGACCAAGGACCUGUUUGCCGCCCUGCCUCAGGUGGUGGCUGUGGACAUCAAUGACCUGGGCACCAUCAAGCUCAGCCUCGAGGUCACCUGGAGCCCCUUUGACAAGGAUGACCAACCUUCUGCGGCUUCCACAGUCACCAAGGCCUCCACUGUCAGCAAGCGCUUUUCCACCUACAGUCAGAGUCCUCCAGACACCCCUUCCCUGCGGGAACAGGCUUUCUAUAACAUGCUCCGUCGUCAGGAGGAGCUAGAGAAUGGAACGGCGUGGUCCCUGUCCUCCGAAUCCUCCGACGACUCCUCCAGCCCCCAGCUCUCCGGGGCCGCCCGCCUCACCCCGCCCUCUCGGCCCCUGGUGCAGCAGCCGGAGGCUCCCCCGAUCCACAUCGCCUUCUCUCGGCCGGAGACCCCCCAUGCCCCAGGGGAGGCCCCGGAGGAGGAGGGGCCCAAAGGCCCUGCCUUGGCCAACGGGCACAUCCCCUACAGCCGAACUCUGAGCCACAUCAGCGAGGCCAGUGUGGAUGCCGCGCUGGCCGAGGCCGGCAAUGACCCUGUGGCCUUGGAGAGCCGAGCCCAGAGCCUCCUGACCCCUGUGGCCUCAGACUCUGACAUUACCCCCCUCCCUGACCCCAGCGCUCCCCCAGGCCCCUUAAGCCCAAGCCCUCCCCUCCCCUGUUUAGAUCCGACCACUCUGCAUGAAAGCCUUACCCCCCCAACCACAGAACCAGUCACUUUAAGCCUGACCUCUCCCUGCCAUCCCAGACCAGUUGAGUCCAAUUUUCCCCACCCAGAUCCCCUCUGCUCCCACCCAGAUCCCCUCUGCUCCCACCCAGAUCCCCUCUGCUCCCUCCCAGAUCCCCUCUGCUCCCGCCCAGACCCCAUCCUCUCCAAUCCAGAGUCUGAGCCCGGUUCUGUCUGCCCAGACUUGGCCCCCUCCCCUUCAGACCCAGUCCCCAGCCCCACCCCUACAAACGAUGUGUCACCAUUGCACCCAGACCCCACGUCCCCGCCCUCAGAUUCCUCCUGCCCCCGUGCGUACCCCGCCUCACCACACAUAGAUCCCCCGCCCGCACAGUCACCCCUCAUGGACCAUGCCCCCAGCCCCGCUGCAGAGGCCCAGGUUCCGGUCCAGGAGGCAGCCGGUAUUCCCCUAACAGAAGCCAAAGCUCCUCCCCAGAGGGGGCUGCUGGAGCAGGGAGCAGGGCUGAAGGACCCAGGGCUGGAAGAAGCCCUGGGGGCCUUGAGCUCUGCCCUGGAUGACUACCGGGGCCAGUUUCCAGAGCUGCAAGGACUGGAGCAGGAGGUGACUCGGCUUGAGAGCCUACUUAUGCAGAGACAGGGCAUGUCCCGCAGCCGGGCGUCCAGCCUCAGCCUCACUGUGGAGCACGCGCUAGAGAGUUUUAGCUUCCUUAACGAUGAUGAAGAUGAGGAUGACGGGCCCGAGGACAGGACGCUGAGCAGCCCAGGGCUUGGGUCCGAGGCUGGGGUCAGUGGUGUGUCUGAGGACGCUCUGGACUCCUCGACGCCUGGCCCCCUCAGCACUGGCUGCCCUGCCCUGGACACGGCCCUGGUCUUGCACCUGCAGCACUGUGGCCACCUCUUGCUGAAACUAGGCACCUUUGGGCCCCUACGAUGUCAGGAAGCAUCAGCAUUGGAACGGCUGCUUCGGGAGGCCUUGGUGCUGGAGAUGGUGUGCCAACUUUGUGGGGGGCAAGUGGGCAAGGCCACCUCUGCUCAAGAAGUGUUGCAGUUUUCUGUUCCUCGGCCGGGUUUCCUGCCUUUCUGGGACCUGUGCACCGAGGGAGGCAAUCUCCUGGUCUGUCCGGUGGAGCGUAUCCUCUUCACCUUCUGCAGCCAGUACGGAGCCCGUCUCUCACUGCGCCAGCCGGGCCUGGCUGAGGCUGUGUGUGUUAAGUUCUUGGAGGAUGCCAUGGGACAGAAGCUACCGAGGAGGCCUCGACCGGGGCCUGGGGAACAGCUCACAAUCUUCCAGUUCUGGAGCCACAUUGAGGCCUUGAAUAGUCCCUCCAUGGAAGCUUAUGUCACAGAGAUGGCUGAAGAGGUUUUACUCGUGAAAAACUUGAAUUCAGAUGACCAGGCCGUGGUACUCCGGGCAUUGAGACUGGCCCCUGAGGGGCGGCUUCACCGGGAUGGACUCCGGGCACUUAGCUCCCUUCUCAUCCAUGGCAACAGUAAGGUGAUGGCUGCUGUCACUACCCAGCUUCGAAGUUUAGCCCUGGGCUCCGACUUCCGGAAGAAGGCCCUGCUUUGUUUUUUGGAACAACUAGAAGAUGAGGACAUACAGACCCGGGUAGCUGGGUGUGUGGCUCUGGGCUGUCUCAAGGCUUCAGAGGGCAUUGAACCACUGGUGUAUCUGUGCCAAACAGACAAGGAGGCUGUGAGGGAAGCUGCCCGCCAGAGCCUCCUUCAGUGUGGAGAGGACGGGCAGUCAGCUCACCGACGGCUGGAAGAAUCUCUGGAAGCUCUGCCUCGUAUCUUUGGGCCAGGAAGCAUGGCCAGCACUGCCUUCUGAGCUCCCUGUCUGCUCUCUACCCCAGGAACAUAGGGAACUUGGGAGUCAUUGUCUAUUCCCUCAAGCCCCUCCCUCACAACCACCUUUCAGGGCUGGCCUUUCCCUGGGAGCCCCCAAUCUAUGGGCCCAACUGACAUUGGCAGGGGUAGGCUGGGGGUCAGGACCCAGGUUCCAGGGUUUCCUCCCAUCCUACAGAUUCCUAUAAAUAUAAAUCUCUUUAAUAUAUUCUUCUGCUACCCCCAGCAGAGAUUGCCACCUGCAGUCAAGUGCCUCCCCAACCUCUUAUCAGGCAUUCCUCACUGAGCUGAUGUCUGGGAUCCCCUUCUGAUCCCCGAUCACUCUGCCUCUCCCCAUCAUGUCUGAUUUUGUAUUUUAUUUACAGAGUUUUGCAAAAAAUAAAAGGCAAAAUCUCUUUCCUA